AUGAGCGAGCGCUGCUGCUUCUCCCUCAGUCAGCAGCGUCUACGGCAGCCUGAGCUCAUCGGCCGUUCAUCUCACCCUCGAAGGGGCGUGAGAGCCUCCUGUUGUAGCUGGCUCUGUGUGGACACGACCGCCACCGUGGAAGAAAACAGCAGCUCUUGGCGGCAGGCCUACACAAACUCGGGCUACAGCCCCCCUCCAACAUCACCCGAACACUUGUGCAAGGCCUGCGGAGGCCAGUUUGACACCGCAAGGAGGAAUGUGUGCGUGGACUGCAGGAAGCAGUUCUGUGGCCGCUGCUGGGUGCAGCCAGAGCUCAGGCUGUGCCACACCUGCCAGCGCUUCCACGGCACGCACUUUGAGCGGAGCGAGCUGAUGCGGCUGAAGGUCAAGGAGCUCCGUGACUAUCUCCACCUGCAUGAGAUCCCCACACAGACAUGUCGCGAGAAGGAGGAGCUGGUGGAGCUGGUGCUGGGUCAACACACCCCCAGCAGCAGCAGCAGCAGCAGCAGCAGCAGCAACAACUCUGUCUCCCACCCAGCGGCACUGGACCCUCCACAACCCCCCACACCUCCCUCCCAAUCAGCUGAGGAACCUGAGGAGUUCACAGAGGAGGAGGAGGGUGAAGAUGAGGACGAAGAGGAUGAUGACGAUGAGUCCACAGAUAGUGAGGAGACGCUGGUGCACAGCCAUCGGGCGUCUCUGUCUGAUCUGAGCAGCGUGCAGGACAUCGAGGGCCUCAGUGUGCGGCAGCUGAAGGAAAUCCUAGCGCGGAACUUUGUGAACUACAAGGGCUGCUGUGAGAAGUGGGAGCUGAUGGAGAGGGUCACACGGCUCUUUAAUGACCAGAAAGACCUCCACAACCUGGUUUCGAACACUAAAAAGGAAACGGGUACAGCAGAGCCAGCUGAGCCCAGUGGGCAGGAGGAAAACCUGUGUAAGAUCUGCAUGGACUCGCCCAUCGACUGUGUGCUGCUGGAAUGUGGCCAUAUGGUCACUUGCAGCAAGUGUGGGAAGCGCAUGAGUGAGUGUCCCAUCUGCAGACAGUACGUGGUGCGUGCAGUGCAUGUCUUCAGAUCUUGAUGAAGAGCCACGAAGAUCCAGAGCGCCUGCAGACCGCACACAACACUCUGCCCACUAUCCCUGUGAGGAAUCCUGAGAGUUAUGGGGGUUCGGUCUCUGUUUGGUUGAUUGUGCUCCUUUUUGUACCUGCACAGAAAUUUUGUUGUUGAUAUUAUGUUUUUCUUUUCUGUUUACUCCUGAGAUUAAGUUCUCUUACCAUCACAGCAGCUUGCGAGGAUUCGGGUGUGUACAUUUUGAUUAUUUGAGUUACAUAGUGUUUGUUUUCUCAUUGCUGUCAGCUUUGUGAUGGCUCAUUGUAGUUGGACAAUGACAGGUUGAGUACAGGGUAAGGAUAUCAGCUCUGUGUGCGUAUAUAUUAUUUCUGUAAUACUGUGUUUGGUACACUGUGGUUUACCAGUUGAUCAGCAACUUAUUAGUGUCAUCGCCAUGGCAUGACUACAGCUUUGCAAAAUCAGAUGAAAAGCUAGUCUGUAGUCUUUAUGUGCAUUUCUGUGAUCAGGUGCUACUUUCAAGCUUCUGUCUAUUCCCAAAACAGAAGACAUGGGCCUUAUCUCUUCUGCUUCAUCUUUUUCUCCUCCCGAUGCAUUUGCAGAAAGUGCUAGGUGGUGCUUGGAUCAGCCACAAGAUGGCAAAAGGAGGAAAGCCAAGCUCAUAAGAGUCUGGCUUAAGUAAGGAAGCUGUUAUCUCCAUUGCUUUCACAUUGCUUCUUAUGCACAGCUGACAGUUCAGAUAAGCUGAUGGUUUCUGGAUGGUUCCAUGGUCUUCCCUCAAAUCUGCUCAGCUGUAACACUAGCCUUGUCUGUGUUUGCUACAAGGUGCUCUUAUUACUGCCCACAAAUCCACUUAGUGCUCUAGAGUGGAGUGCUUUUUAACUCACUUGGUAGGCAACUUGGACACAUUAAACCAAUGCCGUGUAUUCUAGGGCUUACCUAGAGUGAAACAUGUUUAUAGAUACAAUUGUAAAUAAUCUGUUUUUGGUGAAUUGCAAACAAUUUUUUGAUUUUGGUUUAUAGACAACUCAUGAUCAUGGGUAACGCAACCUCAUCAUUAAGUGAUAUUAGGAUUUGUUUUUGUUUGUUUGUUUGUUUAUUGUUUGUAUGCUUUUUUUCUAGAUUAUGAAUGUAUCGUAUGGAUUGUUUUGGUCUUAAAAUGCUCUAUUUCUGGGCGGAUGAUGCUUUUCUCCGAGCCAUGGCCUGCUAGAAACUAAUGCAGUUUAUGUUUCUAAUGGCAUAUCUUCUUCCACUGUAGGAUUUAGAGACCUGGCCUCCAUCUUUAAUGGAGCUUUGUUUUGUAUUAGAUUAGCAGAGAAACACAUAUUCAUUGACUGUUCAUGAUACAGUAAGUACAAGUAUUUUAAUUUAUUUCUUUAAGUUGUUUAGUUACUCUGGCCUGUUUUGGCGGAAAGGCUUAGGGAAAAAUCUAAUUUACACAAUUUGCCACUUACUCCAGAUGUAGUCAGUCAGCUGAGACAUGUUUGGUGUGCAAAUUUUGCUUCUUUAGUGCUGAAGCUACAAGGCUAAUGUUGCUAACAAAUGCUAGAGGUCAGUAGUCACCCAAAAUAUUUUCCGUCAAUACAUCCCGAAAACGUCUCUUAACCUGCUCAAACCACAGCCAGGUCUUUGUUACGUAUGCACAGUCAGUCAGUGAUGUUUAAGGCACAGAUUGACUCACUGUGAACUACAAAAAUGAAUAAAACUUCACCAUGUAAUUAAACUCAGCAGGCAGCCAUAUUGGACAACAGGUCCGUUAUUUUUACAAAUACUGAUAAUCUUGAAUCUGAACAAACUGAAGGUAUGUUUUAAAAUAGAAUCAACAGAAAUGAGCCUGUAAUCUAGAGUCCAUAUAUCUGUGUGGCAUUUCUGAACAUGAAGGGGAGUCUGUGGAGGAGUCAGGUUUCGAUACAAUCUCUGAUGUCUAACAUGGCUGAUUGCAGUGUUCAGUGAAGUUUUGUUCAUUUUUAUAGUUUACAGUAAGUCAUACUGUAUCCUAAACCACAUUAACAAGUCUGCGCACCCUUAAUAUAGAAUAUAGAUGCAAUUUGAGAGGGUUGAGAGAAGUUUUGGGGAUGUAUUUAUACUGAAAAUAUUUAUAUUGACUUCUAGUGCUGCCAGCAAAGUUAGUCUUGUAGCUCAAGCACUAAAAUAAAAAAGGAAAAUUUGGACAUCACACCUGUCCUGGCUAAUCAACUACAUCUGGUUUAAGUGGAAAAUGGUGUAAAUUUCACUCUUCGCCCAAUCAUUCUUUUAGUGUCACAUUGAGCAUUAUUAGAGGAGAGUAGGUUACGUUUUUAUUCGUAUGCAUAUAAAAAGUCUUUAACGGUUAACAGUCUGUUAGUGGUUUAUGAGUAAAUGUGAGAUUACAUGGCAAGGUUAUCUUCUGUGCAUUAUCAAUAAUAGUGAAAUUAACUAUUGAUGAAAUUAAAAUGUGUGCAAAAUAAAAGCCCCCAAAUAGAUGCCCAAAAAAAACGUAUAUGUGCCAAGUUGAGUUGUUCUCUCUAAGUCUUCGGUAGUUUGUGUUUCUGUCUAAAGACGUAAGCGUAAACUAUUGUGAAUUUGAAUAUAAACCAAAUCAAAUUGUGUGAAGUAACAAAACAGCUGUUCAUGCAAGGUAAAAUGUUCUAGUAUAUGGGAAAUCACAAAACUAUGAUAUUGUAUUUGGACUGAUUUGUAUUCACAGUCUUAGAAAACACUAUAUCUGUGUGGAAUGCAAUGAUGACAAACCCUUAGACAAAGAAAAAACCUGCUGUUUUAGUGAAGCAUUAUAUUGGACGUGUAUCCUAAGAUAAUCCCAUAUGAUAUAAACCUAUAAUAUUAAACUAUAAGUAAGAGCUCUGCAUGCAUUCGCUGAAAAAGGAUAUGUGGUAUACUGAAAAGCAUUUGGGACUGCUCUUUUGGAUCUUUAUGUUGCCUUUUGAUUCUAAUUAUACAUUUAUUUGUCCUUAUGUUUUUGUCACUGUGAAAUUGUUUCAUAAUCUUGACAGUAAUCUCAGAUCAACUGACACUGGUUAAGUUGGUUGUCUUGGAUGUUUGCUAUACAUUUAUCAUAUAACUCGCAUGUGUAAUCGACAGUGUUGUCUUGAAUUGACAAAGCAGUGAGCAGACUGUGCUAAAUCCUGAUCUUAUUCUAAAGACUACAAAGCUUCUGGGGUUUAUAAUUAUGGAAAAGUAUAUAUUUUUAAGAUUUUGUUACUAGAAACUGUUGUUCUUGUGCAAAUAUUUGGUUUGACAGUUUUGUAACAAUAAACUAACCUCUAUCAGUCA